AUGCACGUGUACGUUCAUAGUGCCAACCCCUGGCUCGACCAGCACAUUGAGACAUGCAUCAAACGGCACGUGAAAGAUGCUACAUGCUACGAAGACUAUUCCAAGAUCCCUGAAGAUGCCGACACAGUAUUCCAGUUUCUCAACGGCUGGGAGCUCAACCACCACUUUGCUGUGCUGAAUAGGUCCAAGCACGGCCUGCUCAACGCGUACCCCAACAGCGAUGCGCUCGCAAGAAAGGACCACAUGGCUAGUGUUGUUGACUACUGGGUUACCAAGAGGCCGGAUAGUAUUUUGAAGGGACACAGUCCCGCUACUGUCAAGUUGUCGCUAGACUAUAGCGAGUAUGUGGAAGAUGCGUUGGCGGCGGCUGAUGACUUGACUUUACUUUACUCUUUGGAAGAUAACGAAGCAAAGGAUGCUUCAGAACGAGAUUGGUGGAUCCUUAAGCCUGCAAUGAUUGACUGCGGUCAUGGAAUUCGGAUAUUCAGUACAAUCGAUGAGCUGGCCGACAAUCUUGAACUGGCUGCCGAUAUCUCGGAGGAAGACGAGGACACAGAAGAAGAAGUCGAGGUCGAAGUUGAAGUCGUCAAAUCCAAAGAUGAAAGCGACUCGGACUCGGAUGGUUUUCGACCCAGCCUCUCAACUCCAGGUCUUGACUCGUUGGAUGCUCUGAUUACCACAAGUGGAAAACUCUCCAUCAAUGCUUUAGAGAAAAACACCAUGAGCGACGCAGAAAAGAUACAAAAUCUUGUUAUUGGCGAGAACGAGAGAAUCCCAUCGGCUCUCUUGAGAGAGUUUGUCGCUCAGCAGUACAUUGUUUCCAUUCCUCCAGUGGAUGGUAGGAAAUGGCAUGUCCGCGCAUACGUUCUUUCUGUUGGCCGACUCAAAGUACAUGUCUUUGACGAAAUGCUCACCCUGCUAGCCCUCGACGACUAUGAGCCGCCAUGGAAGAACCCUAGCCUCAAAUCCUCUCUUACCAACACUGCACUGCAAGAGGAAGAAGAGUUUAUGAGCAAAGAGUCGAUGCGAGAUUUCUGGAAGAUGGAUGACGAUCUACUUCCUGGCGAUUGGAAGAAGAGUGUCUUCGACCAAGCAUGUCAGAUUUCGGGAGAACUCCUACGCGCAGCUGCUCAUACCAUGGCGGACAAGUUCACACCCUUAGAUAAGUGCUAUGAGCUCUUUGCCGUUGACUAUCUCAUCGACACAAAGGGAACGGUUUGGUUGUUGGAGGUCAAUGAAACACCAGCGUUUUAUGAACAGGGUUACGCUGGGGAGUUGGCACAAAGACUAAUGGAGUCGGUGAUUUGUGUCACACUGGAGCAUAUGGGGCUGGCUGACUUGAGUGAUGAGAAGAAUUCGAAGGCUAGAGGGCGCAUGGUGGAGGUUUUAGAUGCAAGCAAGGAGUUGGCCAAGAGCAACAUUACUGAGAUUUUGCCAGGGGCGAUUUGA